UAAUUAGGGUUAUCGAGGAUGCUCUGCGUCAUUUCUUCUUCUUCGUCUCCAUUUUCAAGCCUUUCUAGAAUUGCUCAAUGGAACUCCAACAUCAGAGAAGCCGUCAACCAAGGCCAGCCUGGUCGAGCUCUCAUUCUCUUUCGCCAAAUGAAGCAAUGCGGUUUACGACCCAACAAUUUCACCUUUCCUCUCGUCGCAAAAGCUUGCGCCAAACUCUCCAGUCUCCCGUACUCCCAAGCCCUCCAUGCCCAAGUCUCAAAAUCGCCCUUUGAGCCUGAUUUGUAUGUUCAGACUGCUUUGCUUGAUAUGUAUGUCAAAUGUGACCGCUUAGAUUGUGCCUACAACCUGUUUCAGAAAAUGCCUCUGAGAGAUGUGACAUCUUGGAACGCGAUACUUGUGGGUUGUGCUCAACUAGGUUUCUUUGAUAAAGUUGUUGCACUGUUCUACCAAAUGAGAGUUGAUGGUGUUCGCGCUGAUUCGGUUACGGUUAUUGCAUUGGCACACGUGAGUUCUAGUAUAAAGGAAAUCAAGUUGGUAAAUUCCAUUCAUUGUUUUGGUAUUCGAGUUGGGGUAGGAGCUGAUGUUUCGGUUGCUAACACUUUGAUUGCUGCCUAUUCGAGAUGUGGUGAAUUGGGCAUGGCUGAGAUGGUAUUUGGCGGGAUUGAUGCAGGUUGUAGGACUGUUAUUUCGUGGAAUUCUAUGCUUUCGGGAUAUUCUUGUACUCGAGAACCCCUGAAGGCUAUAAACUUCUACAAGAGGAUGCUUUUUGAUGGAUUUAGUCCUGAUGUGGGCACAAUUUGUAGUUUGCUUGUUUCUUGUGUAACAAUUGAAUUGUUAUAUCAUGGUAAAUCAAUCCAUUGUCAUGGAUUUCUAUUAGGGUGUGACUCUAACACUUCUGUACUUAAUACCCUCAUUUCUAUGUAUUCCAAGUGUGGAGAUAUUGCCUCUGCACGCUGUAUAUUUGAUGACAUGACUGAUACAACUUGUGUUUCGUGGACUGCCAUUAUUGGUGGAUAUGCUGAGAAAGGUGAUCUUGAUGAAGCAUUGGUCUUAUUUCAUUCUAUGGAAGCAGCUGGUCAGAAACCCGAUCUUGUUACUGUGCUUUAUAUGAUCUCAGGAUGUGGUCGAACAGGGGCCCUUGAGGUGGGAAGAUGGUUUGACAACUACACCCUGUCUAAUGGGUUAAAAGAUAGUGUAAUGAUGUGUAAUGCAUUGAUAGACAUGUAUGCAAAAUGUGGAAGCGUAAGAGUUGCCUGGGAAAUUUUUUAUGCUAUGGGAGGGAGAACUGUUGUCUCAUGGACAACUAUGAUUGCGGGUUAUGCCUUAAAUGGAGAAUUUAAGGAAGCUUUAGACCUUUUCUUUCAGAUGUUGGAGGUGGGACCGAAACCAAAUCAUGUUACAUUCCUUGCUGUACUUCAAGCGUGCAAUCAUGCCGGUUUCCUUGAGAAAGGAUGGGAGUGUUUUCAUCUGAUGGCUAAAGUACAUAAAAUAAAUCCUGGAUUGGAUCACUAUUCUUGCAUGGUUGAUCUUCUUGGACGAAAAGGAAAGCUAAGAGAAGCUCUAGAGUUUAUUCAUAAAAUGCCUAUCAAACCAGAUGCUGGCAUUUGGGGAGCAUUGCUCGGAGCUUGCAAAAAUCACCACAAUGUAGAGAUUGGUGAAUAUGCAACAUGUCAUCUUUUUGAACUGGAACCCCAGGCUGCAGCACCUUAUGUAGAAAUGGCCAACAUCUAUGCGUCAGUUGGAAGAUGGGAUGGAGUUGCUACAAUUAGAGCAAUGAUGAGAGGCAAUCAAGUGGAGAAAUAUCCAGGGCAAAGCAUUGUUCAAGUGAAUGGGAAGAGUCACACUUUUACAGUAGAAGAUAGAAGUCAUCCUGAAGGUCUUCUAAUGUAUGAAGCAUUGGAUGCCUUAACUUUGCAACUGAAAGAGGUGACAGAUGAACACCUGCAUGGUCUAUUUGGGGAAGCAAAUUUCUAACUACUCUAAGGGCAUAUAUCUCGCUUUCAACUUCUCUAGGUUAAUUGUUUUGUCAAUAUAUUCUUCCUUAUUAAUACUUAUCUUAGCUGCUUUACUUGACAUAUGUUUAGUUGUUUCUUAAUGAGUAUAUACAAUUUUAAAUUUUAUAAAACGCUUCAUGCAUUAAAUGCUUUGAUCAGAUUAUAUAAGUGAAGAGAAGUGAUAACUACUAAAAUAGUCACGUCUGGGUCAUUAGUUGUUGAAAAAAAAAAGUUAAUUAUGAUGAGUUAUAUGUUUAUUUUUUGUUGCACAAGUAUACGUCUAAGUAAGAGUAGCCUGAUGUAUAAUAUCUUUCUAUAGUCUUUAAAUGCUCAAUCAAGAGCAUUGCAUAUACUGAAGUUGGAUCACAGUGGCAUUGACACAAGGUAUGCAUAUCAUAUCUGCAUAUGUUCUUUUGGUUUUUUGCUUGCUUCAAUAUGUUCCCAAUUGUAAUACCUUUCAUUUUAGUGUUGCAGGUACUCACGGAGCACCAGUACUUAAUGGUGCAACAUCAACUCAACAAUUCAUUAUCAUGCCUGCUAAUGGACAAGUUGCAGUUGUUGCACCUGUGGCUCCAGAGCCUACUGGGAAGCCUAGGGAGUGUUUACUACUAAAACAAGCUUUUAUCCUCAUAAAUGUAAGUGCAAGGAAGGAGUCAGAUCGAGCGAGACUUGAGUAUAAGCAAGUGUAUAGGGCUCUCCCAACCAAAAGGUUUUAGGGUGUUUUGAGAGCAAAAAUAGAAUAACUUGUGUUAUAUUUUUAAAUUCUUGCCCUUUUAUUUUGUAAUGUAUGGGCAGUUCAACCCUAAGGAGUUGUUAAAAGAAUGAUAUAUUCAUAAGAAGUGUUUAUACACUUUUGUGAUUAUGUUAUUUAU